GUGCAUGUGAGUGAGAGUUGGUCCCUGCCCUAGAGGGGGAGAGAAGACAGGGAGAGUUAAGGAGAGGAGAGGAAGAGGAGAAAACGAGAUAGCACACACUAAAAGAAAAGCAGACAGUGGGGGAAGUAAAGUCAGUUGCGGGAGAGAACAGAUUAAAGGCUGCAAGUUCUUGAGAGAGAAGCAGAAGGAGAAGGAGAAGCAGCAGGGAAAAGUUACUGGAAAAGUUCAAAGAGGAGAAAGGAAGUUUUUUUUUUUUGAAGUUUACAGAACAAGGGAGGCAAAGUUUUCUAAGUCUGAUCUGAGGAGGGGGGAAAGAAGCUGUUAAGUGACCAGGGCAAGGGGCAUGGAUAGGGAUCUUGGCCUGGACAAGUCAGGACCCCCACACACAAUGCGGAUUUUGGAAACCCCAGAACUUCCCCACAGCAGGAAGAACUUCAGUGUCAGCCACCUCCUGGACCUGGAGGAAGCAGCAGCUGCAGGGAUGCAGGGCUCCCGAGAUCUGCGGCCACCGAACGAGGAAGAGGACAAGGACCCGAUGACAGGGGGCAGCAGUGACAGCGAAGUGACGGUGCAGGAAGGUGAGAGCUCUAUUUCUGGUUGUGCAAAAAGUGCGCGGAUUAAGAAAAAGCAGAGAAGGAACAGGACUACCUUCAACAGUAGCCAACUUCAGGCCCUGGAGAGAGUGUUCGAGAGAACCCACUACCCAGACGCUUUCGUACGAGAAGAUUUGGCAAGAAGGGUUAACCUGAGCGAGGCCAGAGUACAAGUGUGGUUUCAGAAUAGGCGAGCCAAGUUCAGAAGGAAUGAGCGAGCCAUGCUGGCCAGCCGAUCGUCCUCCCUGCUAAAAUCAUACAGCCAAGAUCCCCUUAUAGAGCAGCAGAUCAGCCCUCGACCAACCAGUCUGGCCCCGGAAUUUAUGUCCUGGAAUUCUAACAGCUACAGCGCCGCUUUGCCGCCCUACAAUCCAAACACCACCUCUGCACCAAACACAAUGCCCACCCAAGGAGUCAACAUGGCCGACAGCAUCGCCAGCCUUCGCCUUAAAGCCAAGGAGUUCAGUCUGCACCACAGCCAGGUUUCCACUGUUAACUGAAGCCUGGCAGGAUAGAUGGGAGACUAUUUCCAAGCCACGAGGCGAGGGGUGUGCUGGACAUGCCACAGUUGAGCCUAUGGCCACCAGCAACAACAACAAAAAUGUUAAGACUGUGGCUCCAUUUUGAAGCUCCUGAUAUUGCAAGAAAGACACUGUGAUGUAUCUGACAAUCAGAUCGGAGUCCAGUCUCCAGAUCAUGCAGCCGCAAUAUGGCCUCCCCACCGCUAAUAAGCCAUAUUGUAUAAAAAGAUACAUGUGAGUUGGGCAACAGCCAAGGUCCAAACAUCCUGGACAGGACCCUCGAUCCGUACAAAAACAUUUGACUUGUGACUGUAGAUAUUUCAUAGCUAGAAUUUCACACAGUAAUCAAUAUUUUGCUCCAUGUUGUCCUAUCAUUCCUUGUAUGCCUCCUCACCAUUUCUGUUUGUUGUCUAGGCUUCCCCUUUUUUUGGUACGCGCUGUAUAUAUGUAGAUACAUAACGUGCCUUGUAUAUAUGUCCUUUUAUGCCAUUCUCCCAAACCUUAAUUGAGUGUUAGACUGGGCCCAUGUCUGGAUCUCUACUUUCCCUUGUCCUUUGAUAUUCUGACCGUGAUGAUGUCACAAAAAUGACCAG